UAAGGCAUAAUCACUCAUUCAGUUCCAUAACACCUUAAAGUUCAUAGUUCACGGUAAAGUUAGGUGUGUAUCAAAUAUGUUUGGGUGUUUCUAGAUUACAAAACAGAGAAGUUGCAUUUUUGAUGGGUGUGAUGAUGGGUGUCUUAUUCACAAGAAGGGAAGUGAAAUGCAGAAAUUUGUGUGAUGUGAUUGGAUAUUGCUGAAGAGGAGUAUGAGGAGUUUUGAUUGGUUGGAGGUGAAGAAAGAGAUGUAUGUAAAGAGCACAGGUGGAAGCCUUUUCAUCGAAUCAUCAGAGUCCAUGAAGAAAGUGCUCGCUCUGUCAGGAUCUCCAGAAUGAUGAAUCUCUGUGUUUUCCUCGUGCUGCUCCUCCUGGGGACGUGCUCAGCUGCCACUUAUGAAAAUGUGGCUCUGCGUGGAAAAGCGACUCAGUCCGACCGUUAUAAUGACGCAUUUGGAGCUGCCUCCAAUGCCAUAGAUGGAAACCGUGACAACAACUACUACGAUGGAUCAUGCACUUGCACAAGUGGAAAGUCCAACCCCUGGUGGAGAGUGGACCUGCUGGACUCCUACAUCAUCACCUCCAUCACCAUCUAUAACAGAGGAGACAAACAUCCGGCAAGGAUCAACGGGCUGAAGAUCCACAUCGGCAACUCUUUGGAACACAAUGGCUUGAAUAACCCAUUGGUUGGUCAAAUUGUUGACCUUUGUGGCAAGCCAACCUUCACCAAGACCUUCACUCCUCAUGUGGAGGGACGUUAUGUGACUUUGGUUCUACCUGGUUCAACUCCAGAUUCAAAGAAGUACCUCACACUCUGUGAAGUGGAAGUCUACGGGUACCGUGCCAAAACUGGAGAGAACUUGGCGCUCCAAGAAAACGCCACACUCGCUGCCAUCGAUGGGAAUGACGACCGCAAGUGAACACGGCCCCUGAGUUCCUGAGUCUAUGUGAGGUGGAGGUGUACGGCUCUCGUCUGGAUUAGGUCUUGUCUUGUGAUAUGAUGUAGUUACUAGUGGCACAAUUUGUGUCCAGUCACAUCGAUUACAAUGAAACCAUUAAAUUGAAUUAAAU